AUGAGGCUAGAGCGCGGGCGGCGGGCUUCUCUGGCGCUCACCCUCAACUUUGUGGCGUUUGCUUUUGCCUUAUCAGCGGUGACCACCAGCUACUGGUGCGAGGGGACCAGGAAGGUGGCCAAACCCUUCUGCACAGGACCGCCGGUGAAGGUGAAGCAGUGGUUCUGCAUCCGCUUCAACAACUCCAACAUCAACGACAGCCGGUUGGUCCAGUACAUCUUUGAAACCGGAGAGGAGAAGUUUCUUUUAAGGAAGUUCCACACAGGAAUAUUUUUCUCCUGCGAGCAGGCCGCCGACAUGAACGGUUUCGACUGUCGAGACUUCUCAGAGAUUGCACCAGAGCAUGAAAGAGGUGUCCUGUGGUUGUGUAUUGUGGCUGAGACUCUGUACCUCACCCUGCUCUUCACAGGCGGGGCUCUGAUGAUUCUGGAGCAGUGCCCCUGCUUCAGUAUCAUGAACAGACUGAAGCUCAGUGCCUUCGCUGCCUUGUGCACUGCCCUGUCAGGCCUUUGUGGGAUGGUGGCCCACAUGAUGUUUACUACCAUAUUCCAGCUAGCUGUUGCUAUGGGGCCAGAAGACUGGAGACCUAAGACCUGGGACUACAGCUGGUCUUAUGUCUUGGCGUGGGGCUCUUUUGGCACCUGCAUGGGCUCUGCAGUGACGGCGCUCAACAGGUACACAAAGACCAUCAUGGAGUUUAAAUACAAGCGGCGGAACAUAGAGAAGAGCCUGAUGAUCAAGCAGACAAUGAUUGAGGAGGACCUUCCAGAGCAGAUGUGGGACAUGUACCUGACCGCUGUGCCCGCUGACGCUGAGGCACAGGUAGAACUGCCGGUCAAUGGCCACAAGCCCUCCACAGGAACAACAUUUGAGGUCGAAAUGGACAAUGAACCAGAACCACAAGGAGAGGCAUAUUGUUAAAAAAUGGAGUCCGUGCCCCCAUGCCCCACUGCAACAGUUUUCAGGGUUGAUUUCCUGGACCUAGAUUGACUCUUGUUCCUGGAUUUAUAUUUUUUAAUACAGGAGAUAUAUUUGUUUGUUUUGUUGCCACACAUCAAAGGUUCGUCUAGGACACCAGAGCCCAGAUUCUUAUAUUUAGAAAACAAUGUUACAUGGUCGGCUUUGACACAACAUGCAUUUCAUCAAAUCUUUCCAUGUGAUAUUAUUUGUGGGAGGAAGGGAAGACGCCUGCGAUUUCAGCAUCUUCACACUAAUCUGUGGAAGCUGCAGGAUGUGCAGGCUGCCACUGCAGCACACAUCAUAUACAUCUGUUUCAACUUUAAAUAUAUUUUCUUUGAAUUGGCCUUUUCUUUAGCCCAUGUUGCAUCAAAUUUUAUAUGUGUUGCUCUCUGGAAGAGGCACAGUCAUCCAAGGUGGACAAAUUCUCUCAGUGAGAAAAUACUUUAUUGUACCAUCAUAGAUGGAUUACUGAAUGGGCUGAAGGGGCUUAUCGCACGACUGCAUGCAAACACAAAACAACUACAGAGAGCCACAAAAUGACUAUACAAAAUUAUUGGAAAGAGAUGCAAAACAACAACAGACACACAAUAUGACCACAACAAAUCCAAAACCACUACAAAGACACACAAAAUAAACACAAAGACACAAAAAAAUGUCCUUAAAGUCCUUCUUUGACACCUAUUAAAGUACGUAAAAAUACUUAAACCAAUAAUAGUAUUUUGUUUAUCAUGGUUUACCUACAUAAAACUUGAAAGAAAAACGCUGAAAAGGGGCUGGAAGCAGAUGUACUCUUCCUCCA